AUGCCUACCGAGCAGUCCAGCCCGAAGUGGGUGGGCGUCAACCUUCAGACGCCGGAGCCGUUCGACUUUGGCAACGCGGGGACCUGGCCGACGUGGAAAAGUCGCUUCGAGGACUACGCAGCCAUCUCGGGUCUCAAAAAUGCACCGGAGGAAACACAGGUGCGCUCGCUCUUAUAUUGCAUGGGCCCCGAAGCGCGUCCGCUCCUCGACACAUUUUCGCUCGAUGCGGCGUCCCUCACUUCGUACGAGACCGUGGUAGACCGUUUCACUGAGCAUUUCGUGCAUCCAAGCAACGAACUAUACGAGUCGUCCCGUUUUCACAGACGCGUACAGCAGCCAGGCGAGAGCGUUGACGGAUACUAUGCCGAGUUAUGCAGGAUGGUGAAACGCUGCGCCUAUCCUUCAGUGCAAGUUGAAGAAAGGCUAGUACGUGACAGAUUCGUCGUCGGCUUGCGCGACUCCCGUCUUUCAGACCAGCUCUGCCGAAACGCUAAACUCACUCUCAAAGAGGCUUGGACGCAAGCACGCCAGGCGGAAGACGCGGAAAAAGAAAAGCGGCAGUCGCAAGCUGGAGCAAGUUAUAGUCCCAACGCUUUGCAACUGGACGCUACAAAGAUGCAGAAGGCCGCUCGACAUCACCGGAACGCGAAGCCUUCUUUCGAGCAUCAGAACGCAGACACGCCCACCUGCGGAUUCUGUGGCCGCGCGGCUCAUCCUCGAGCGCAAUGCCCGGCACGCAGCUCGCUUUGCAACUUUUGCAAAAAGAAGGGGCACUUCGCGGAAGUUUGUCGCUCGCGGAAAUCGAAACAAAAAGUCGGCUCUAUUCACCUGAGCACCGUCGGGGCGGGGGCCAAGUCUUUAUUAGUGGACGUCACCGUGGACGAGUACACGAUGCAAUUUAAAGUUGACUCUGGCGCCGAAGUCUCUGCUAUACCCGAAGACUUCCCCAAGCUUCUAGCCAAGCUGGACAAGGUUGACACGGUACUUACCGGUCCCGGAGGUCAACCAUUGCGGGUACUCGGUUCAUAUACAGCCCAACUUCGUUGGCGCGGGAAGACGUCCUUGCAGCGACUCUUUGUCAUUGAAUCGCUCUCUGUCCCUCUUCUGGGACUUCCGGCUAUACAAGCCCUCGAUGUUGUGAAAUUCCUUGGCGGCGUGCAGGCCCCUGAGGCAUCACUUCAAGCUGACUUGUUCCGCGGACUUGGCACUCUCAAGGAGGAAUAUCGAAUCCGCUUGAAGCCUGGUGCUACACCAUUCUCCCUCAGCGUGCCUCGUCGCAUUCCCAUUCCGCUACACGAAACCGUGAGGCGCGAGCUCAACAAGCUCGAAAGUGACGGAGUGAUUCGCCGCGUCGACAAUCCAACGCCGUGGUGUUCUGGACUUGUAGUGGUUCCUAAAGCGUCAGGAGAUUACCGCCUUUGUGUUGACUUAACCCGGCUGAAUGAAGUCGUACUUCGAGAAAGCCACAUCCUCCCAACGGUCGAACAAGUCCUCGGGCUUAUCGGAGACGCAACGGUGUUCUCCAAGCUGGACGCCACAGCGAGUUUCCACCAAGUGAAACUGACUACGGACUCUCAAGAGCUCACGACCUUUAUAACCCCUUUUGGCCGGUACUGCUUCUGCCGCCUUCCAUUUGGUAUAACCUCAGCGCCCGAGUAUUUUCAGAAGCAGAUGGCCAGAAUUCUUGAAGGACAGGAAGGGGUAGCCAAUAUGAUCGAUGAUAUACUCGUUUUCGGACGCACUAGAGAGGAACAUGAGGUCCGACUGAACCAGGUUCUGUCCCGUCUUGCUGAGGCUGGGGUCACGCUGAACAAGAACAAAUGCUUAUUCGGUGUUUCGGAAGUGCCGUUCCUUGGAGUAAUCGUGUCCGCUCAAGGCAUCAAGCCGGACCCAGCCAAGGUAGCAGCCAUCAAGACUAUGGAAGCUCCAAAAGAUGUUGCAGGCGUCAGGCGUCUUCUUGGGAUGAUCAAUCAUCUAGCUAGGUUCUUGCCACACAUCUCGGAAAUAACCGCUCCAAUCAGAGCCCUCCUCAACAAGUCUUCAAGUUGGACUUGGGAGCACGAACAAGAGGCCGCAUUUGUCAGGGUGAAGGAGAUACUGGCAUCCGAUAGGUGUAUGGCCAAGUACCAUCCGUCGUAUGCCACCACUGUCUCAGCUGAUGCUAGUUCGUUUGGACUUGGGGCAGUCCUGCUGCAGAUGCAGCCAUCAGCAUUAUCGUUGCCACCACAAGCUUCAUCAGAAACAACCGAGCCACAGCCGCAAGUAGCUCAGCCAUCACAAGGUCCUCCAAGUACCACGGUAACGACGAGCGACUCGGGACGGGCUGGUAAUCGUGUUGGUGGUGCUGGUGGUGAUAGUGAUGGUGGUGUUGGUGGUCGCGAUGGUGUUGUGUACACGCGUAGUGGCCGACGCGUGGUCCCACCGGACCGUCUGAACUUAUGA